CGCUCUACUGGGGAGAAGAGAAGGCGCGAGCUGCCGGGCUCGCUUCUCCGGAGGGAAUGGCGGAUGCCGUGAUCCGCAGUGGCGGCGAGAUAGAGCCGGAGCAGCAUCAGCGGACGGAGAAGACCAGCGCGGGCGUCCUCGGAGCUGAGAGUAACAGAGUAGGAGCCGCUGAGGACACCACACAAAAUGGCGGACGCUCUGAGAGCGGUAGCGAUGGGGAGGCGCUGCUUGGGGCUGCUGUUGCUGCAGAGGACAAGGUCCCCACAAACCUCCUCAGCAUCAGUAGCAGUAGCCAGCACAGGAGCAGCAUCUCGACGGCAAAUGAACAGCAGCAGCAGCCGCCCAGCGGUGUAUUCGGGGGGCCGCCCCCUCUCCCUAAGCCCCCAGAAGACCAGCAGCCUUUUAGGAGGAAUUUUCACAUCCCCAGGAAGAGCAGAGAAAAGAAAGCACUCUUUCAGCCAGUACUUCCAGGUUCUCGAGAAUUUGAGGACAUUUUGAAGAUUCUGCAUUCUUCCUACUUGGAUCCAAAUUCAGUGUCCAAGUUUAAAUACGAGAGAGCCAGCUUAGUUCAUAGUGAACUGUUGGAAAAGGAAUUCACAGAAAAACGCAGAGAGCUGAGAUACGAUGGGCGCCUGGAGAAGGAGCUCUCGGAAAGUUACGCAUUCCUCAUGGUGGAUCGGUGCCAGAUCCAGAGCAUAUGUGAAAAGGGGCUGCAGGUUGGCCACUCCAGCAUCACAGUUCUCGGCAAACCUUCCAUGGGUGUCUAUAUCUCCAAGUAUGCUGAUUUAUUGCAGCGUAAUCCUCUAGAAUCUGGAGCACCUGGAGAUGUGAUUGUUUUUAAAAUAAUAAAGGGAAAAAUGAAAAGCAUAUAUGACCACAUUGGUAUGAAAGCAAUGGAAUCAACUGUCAAGAGCGUGUUGGAUCCCACCCCAAAGCACGAGUGUCAUAUUUCAAAGAAUGCAAAUAAAGUCACCUCCUUGUUGGCUUACCGAGCCUAUGAACUUACUCAGUACUACUUUUAUGAAUACGUCUUUGAUGAGAUCAGACAAAGACCAAGACAUGUUUGUCCUUACGCUGUUGUUUCAUUUACUUACAAGGAUGAUAUGGUACAAGGACCAAAAUUUGUGCCCCCAUCAAGAGCAAACACCUCUCACACAGAUUCAAGUACAGAGAAACCUAACAUCACAUUGUGGAGGGGACAGCUUUGGAAUAAAGGCAAACUUGUGUGCCAUGUUUCCCUAAAAUCAGCAGCACAACUUUUCCUUCCAUGCAAGCUUCCUGAGAAACUUGAGGUUGAAAAAGUUGUAAGCAUUGAUCAGUUGAAGAAAAAAAUUUCACCAAUGUUGUUCUUUAAAGAAACUUACCAAGGAGGACAAGAAGUGUUGAAGAAUGGCAUGUACUGUAGCCUGUAUGAAGUUGUGGAGAAGUCCCGUUCUGGGAGUCACUUAGAGGGUUUACUUCAAAAACUAGAGAAAGAGAAACUUGUCCUUGUGAAACCACUUGUGGACAGAGGAUUUAUUUUUCUUCUUUCUCCUUGGCAAAUGAUGUCCCCUUAUGACAGCCAGACUGGACGGUCUCGUGUACUUCAUGCAUUGUUUCUGUUUCCAGAGCAGAGAUGUGUAAUUAGCUCAGCACAAAGAAGUGUUCUACAUGGAACACAGAAAAAUUCAGCUACCCUGGUUUUGCACGAAAAAAAGGAAAUCAUUCCAGAAUUCAUAAAGUUGAUUCAGUCUCUGCAUUUUGCUAUAAUCCAGUCCCGUAAAGACAACAGUGCAGAUUUCAAUGUUCUUGUGGAAAGUUACAUGCAUGAGUACUUUAAAAAACUCUACAGUAGUCCUGGAAGAGGUAGAGAAUUUAUAUUAUAUGAGUAUUCAACACGGCUGGAUGACAAAACAUUUCUGUUCUCUGCCCCAAGAUACAAAGGUCAUAUUAACCCAUGCAUGCAGAACUAUAUUUUUGGUUGUGAGGCCUAUCAGCUCCCCGUUUCCAGAGCUAAGGAACUGAUGGAUAGAAAUCGGAAGCCUCAGCGCUUCAGUCCCAUCUCAGGUUGUGAAGCUACAGAAGGCUACUCUGACUUUGCCAAGACAAAAUGUGGGAAAGGAAUCCAUCCCAAAUAUCAAGCAACUGCUGCUAAACAAAAACUGCCUCCUUCUGGAGAAUAUGAUACUGAAAGACUCAAAGAACUUAUUAACUUGAUCCAGUGUAGGAAGAAAAACGUAGGUGGAGAUUCUGAUUCUGAAGACCCCAGAAUUAGAAGUGGUCUGAAAAGAAAGCUGGAAAAACAAUCUGAAAAUUUGCAGAAAUACCUAAAACUGAGUGAUUCUUCAGAGAAUAUUUGUCAGUGCGAAGGGGGCAGAAUGCUGGAUUCACCACACUCUGUGUUCUCAGUGAAUUCUGACCAUGUUGGUCACGAGAGUGACUUCAGGCAGGCAGAUGUGUCCGACUCUGCUGCCGACAGGCAGGGGCUCAUCAAAGUGCUUCUGGAGAUGCUGACCACUGCAGGCCGCUGGGACCCAGAGCUGGAACAUUCUGUCAGCCAAGCCUUAGCACUAGGCACUGAUGAUGUUGAAGAAGGUAUGAGACAAAAAUAUGAAUAUGAAUCCAUUCCAGCUCAGGACAGAGAUGAUCAGGAGCUUCCUAACACUGCUCAGGCUGACAGUGUUACCUUCAAGGACCCGGAGAGCCCGGCCAUGCUGGAAACUGACAUGCCGUGCUUGCCCUACCCCAUCGAUGUCGGUCUGCAGCUCCCACCCAACGAAGCAACCCUUGAGCACACAUUACAUUUACAAGAAGCAGGCUCUGAGAAUGCCUUUGAAGACUACAGUGCCUGUCCUAGUGCGCCUGUAGAACAUGGCUAUCACAGGCAACAUCCCAACUCAAAUAAUGUAGGGGAAGUUGGAAUGCACUGGAAACUUAUCCCAAUUACAGGUCUGAAAUCACCAGAAGAGCCACUGGAGUACUUACCACCAAUGGAUGCUCUUCCUAAUGACCCCCGGCUAGUAAAUCGACAGAGAAAUUCUGAUUAUCAGUUGCCAUGCUCUCCAUUUUCAGACACACAGAAGGGGACAGCAGAAGAUGGACAUUAUGCAGGACAAGUGGAGAAACAUGAAGAUCAGUAUGAGCUAACAGAUCAGCCUUUUACAACUAAGGAUUCCAUUAGAGCAGUAAUAGAGACAACACUGUUAGAAGAAUACAAGCUCUUUGCAAGAAAGAUCCAAGAAAUUUUGCAGCAGAAGAACAUUGCUUAUGUCAGCAGCAUGUCCACACGAGUCCUUUCUGCCCGGGAAAGGAUAAUGAGACUUUCUCAACACAUCUGUUUGCAGGCAUCAGAGAUUUCUGUCCAAGAAUAUAUAGAGAGCCUGAGUGAGAAGCUGAAUAGUGUCAUUUUGGCUUCUUCAUGCAUGAAGCAGACUCCCCCAGUUUAUUCUAGUCCUGAAGCACUGGAGGUGGCGAGCAGCACUGUCCCCCGGCCUGUGCCCGACACGCUGGCCGUGUGCGGGGACAGCGACACAGCGCCGUUCCCAGAGCCGCUGUGCAAUAACCUGGGGGGAGAGCUGCGUUCUCAUGAGCAGCCUUCAGCAAGCCUGCCCCCAGGGAAGGAGAAAAUGGGUCAUGGGAAUGCUAAACCGGAGGAUCAGACUUCUGGUGGUGAUUUCAUGGAACCACUAGAAAAGACUCAGAAAUCCCCUGAGAACUUAAACAUUUCAACUCAAUCAGCUUUUACUAAUUUUAUAAGCCAGUUAAAUCCUGAAGUAGUUAACAGUUUGGUUGAAAUAAUGAAAGAUGUACAGAAAAACACAGUCAAAUUUUAUAUUCAUGAAAAGGAAGAAAGUGUUCUCUGCAGAGAAAUCAAGGAAUAUCUUAGAAGGUUAGGGAAUACAGAGUGCCAUCCAGAGCAGUUCCUUAAAAGAAGAGCUAAAUUAGAUAAACUGAUGAUCAUUAUCCAGAAUGAAGACAUUGCCAACCUCAUCCAUAAGGUCCCUGGCCUGGUGACUCUGAAGAAGCUCUCCUGUGUCAACUUUGCAGGGGUCGAUAGUUUGGAUGAUGUGAAAAAUCACACUUACAAUGACCUGUUUGUGUCUGGGGGUUUUGUUGUGUCAGAUGAAUCUGUCCUUAACCCAGAGACCAUCACUACAGAAAAACUAAAACAGUUCCUAACAUUUCUGGAGGAUCUCAGUACCCCAGAUGGAAAAUGGCAGUGGAAAGUCCACUGCAAAAUACAAAAAAAACUGAAAGAGCUGGGGAGGAUGAAUGCCAAUGCCCUGAACCUGCUCACUCUUCUGAACACCUAUCAAAAGAAGCAUUUGGUUGAGAUUCUGUCUUACCAUAACUGUGAUUCUCAAACUCGAAAUGCUCCAGAACUUGACUGUCUGAUCAGGCUUCAGGCUCAAAACAUACAACAGAGACAUGUUGUCUUCCUAACAGAAAAGAAUCUCAAAACGCUCUCGAGUUAUGUUGAUAAUGGCAUAGUGGUCGCUGCUGUUGAUGACUUUAUGCGUAACUUCAAAAGUCUUGUUGGCUAUCACAACUCUGUUACUGAGCAGAACCACCUUUCUCCCUGCAGUGCUGGCCAAGGACAAUCAGUUCUUGUAGAAAAGGAUGAAAAGGAUGAGGAGGACAUGUCUCUGGAUUCAGGGGAUGAACUGUCAGAAAUAGAAAUCUGCAGUGAUGCCUCUAAGUGUGAUACUCAUGUGGAAGCUUUGCAGACAAAGGCCAAGGGCCCACAUGGAGUAGAUGCUAAGGAAAGCUGCUUAUCAGUUACAGAGUUAUCUCCUGAAGCACAAACUGGCCUUGUGGAAAAGACUUACAAAACUGACUUGGAGGAGAAACAGCCAAUUACUCCAGUUUCUACAACAUGUUCUGCUGAAGGAGAAAAACACAAUGCAGUUGAACAAACUCCUUUCAGCAGCUUCCAGGUUUAUAGCAGACCGUUAAACAUGUCCCAUCAAUUCAGCCACUUUAAUGUACUCACUCAUCAGACUUUUCUGGGAACAACAUACCCAAUUUCUCCUGCAAAUCAAAACCAAGACGAGAGCAAUUAUUUUCUAUCUGCCUACAGUCAGAGCAUGGAUACAGAAAAGUCAUCAUCACUUGGUGGCUGGAAUAGCUGCUGUGAUUCUUCCAGGCCAUAUUCAGAACAGAAAUGAACUCUUUAAGUCUCUUUUUCUAAGUUGCUGUGGACUUCUCUGUUUCUAAAAUGUUGGAUUAACGAUUUCUAUUUUAUUCUGGAACAAAAUGUUUCUUGUUCUUGUUAUCUCAGAUGUUUUCAUGUUCUAUUUAAAUUCCUGAUGGCCUGUCCCUGUUGGAACCAUCUGAAAAUUUAAAUAAAUGCAUAUAUUUUUUAACGUCUACUGUACUUGAAUUAUCUUGUUUGUUGGCACUUUUAAGUUUCUACAUUUGUAUUUGACCUGUUACCUAGGCUUCAGUUUGAGGUCUGUUAAAUGUAAAGCUGAAUGUUUGCCUAAUAUGUGAAAGAGCGAGUUGUUCUCUUUUUUUAACUGCGAGAGUAUCCAAGUCAUGUUUCUUUACAUAAAUAUUAAAAUUAACGUAUUUAUUUGACAUCGAUACAAAUUUUGUACAAUGUUUUUACAUAGCUCUAAGGCAGUGUACUUAUUUUCAUGAUGACAUACUGGAUUUUGGCUAAAUACCUCAAUUAGAGUAAACAAUGGUGCAGUUCCAUUACAAAAACGAAAUAA